CAUGGCGCGUCUCAGGAACCCACCUGUCAGGAGGUACCUGAACCAUGGGACCAAGGAGGCUGCCCAAGCCGGAAGUUAGGGCGCUGAUGCGACCACAUGGUGACGGGCGAGUUUGACGUAGAUGGCAGCUGCGGUGCCCAGUCUGCUCUGCCUAGUUCUUCUCCUCUGCUGACUUCUCCUCCUCUGCACCCCUAGGCCCUGGUCCCUGCCUGUCCGGGGUGACUCCGUCCUUGUGCUUAUGGAGCCAGCUGCCUCCAGACCCUUCUCCCUGCCGGCCGCCCUUCUCCUCUCCCUGCUCCUCAGCCUGUUUGCCCGAGUCUCAGCACAGUUUACUGUCGUGGGACCAGCAGAUCCAAUCCUGGCCAUGGUGGGAGACAACAUCACAUUAAGCUGCCACCUGUCUCCCGAGAAAAAUGCUGAGGACAUGGAGGUGCGGUGGUUCCGGUCGCAGUUCUCCCCGGCGGUGCUGGUGUACAAGGGUGGGCUAGAGAGAGCAGAGGAGCAGAGCGGGCGCGACACUGAGGCACAGUUUACUGUCGUGGGACCAGCAGAUCCAAUCCUGGCCAUGGUGGGAGGCAACAUCACAUUAAGCUGCCACCUGUCUCCCGAGAAAAAUGCUGAGGACAUGGAGGUGCGGUGGUUCCGGUCGCAGUUCUCCCCGGCGGUGCUGGUGUACAAGGGUGGGCUAGAGAGAGCAGAGGAGCAGAUGGAGGACUACCGAGGAAGAACCACCUUUGUGAGCAAAGACAUCAGCAAGGGGAGUGUGGCCCUGGUCAUACACAACGUCACAGCCCAGGAGGACGGCUUCUACCGCUGUUACUUCCAAGAAGGCAGGUCCUAUGAUGAGGCCAUCCUGCACCUCAUGGUGGCAGGCCUGGGAUCUAAGCCCCUCAUUGAAAUGAAGGGCCACGAGGACAGGGGCAUCCGGCUGGAGUGCACAUCUGGAGGGUGGUACCCCGAGCCCCGUGUGGUGUGGAGGGACCCCGAUGGUGAGGUCAUGCCCGCCCUGGAGGAGGCUUACACGGCGGACGCAGAUGGCCUCUUCACGGUCACCACGGCUGUGAUCAUCGUUGAUUCCUCCGUGAGGAACAUGUCCUGCUCCAUCAACAACACGCUGCUUGGCCAGAAGAAGGAAACCAUGAUUUUCAUCCCAGGUCAGUUCUCUGCCCUCUGGAGACUCAGCCUGUGGAGGCAGAUCCUCAGCAGACAGACUGAAGCCCAGAAUGGGGAAUGGGGGUGCGGGGGAAGGGUCCUGGGCCCUGAAGAGCUGGAGGCUAAAGCUGAGCUGAGGCCUUGCCCCCUGUCACAGGAGAAAAUCCAGUAG